AGCGCGCUGACUUUGAAAAGUAGAAAGAAGCUUGUUGGUUCUGAGCUGCCGAGUGCUGAACUGGUGAUACUGCACUGGUGAGGAAGAAAAUCACAACACCAGCUAAAACAUCAGAGAAACGAGUUGCGUAGUCGAGUUUGGAUUUGAUUGCAUUCCAAAACAUCUCACUGGUAGUACAAUUGCUAGUAAAUAGACCUAGUGUAGACGUCGUGGCAAAUAUUUUGUCUUGAGAUUUGGACUUGGAGUCAGUAGCUGAUGAGUUUGAAUUGAAAGGACUUCGAAGCUGCCUCCAAUUAUUUGCUGAAAGGUGGUUCACUUAAUAAAAUUAAUAGUAUUGGCGUGGACAUAACUACCUGAACGGAUGUCCAAUUCAUCCAGACGCUCUUCUGCACUGCGAACAACUUCAUCCCGCUCCGGUAGUACACGCCGCUCCACUGCUUCUUCACAGUCUUCGCUGAUAUCGUCGUCUUCAGCAGGGCUCGGAAGAAGAGGAAGGAAAGAUGUGGAUGUGGACGAAGACUUCGAUGUGGUUGAGAUAGCAUCAAAGCCACCUGCCAAGCGUACACGGAAAUCCAAAGUUGAUGUUGACCUGGCUGAUUCUCGCCACUCCUCCACCAAACUCUCCCAGCCAUCGUCUCAGAGAGUGGUGUCGUCAUGGGUCACUUCAUCAUUUGGCAGCACUUCAGCCACGGCGCCAGCCAAUGCCCCUAAGCCAGCCACCACUGCUUCCAAGCUGAACUCUACAGCUGGCAAAGGUUCUGGCUCACUGCUGACAUGGUGUGACAAGCACAAGCCGAAGACACUGGAUGACCUGGCAGUGCACCGCAAGAAGAUCGAAGACGUGCAGCACUGGUUGGAGCGGACUUUUUCAACAAAGCGUGGCAGUGCGAACUGGGUACCUCCAAUCACACUGUUGACAGGCCCGGCCGGCUGUGGUAAAUCCACAACAGUGCAAGUCCUAUGCCGCUCUCUCCAUGCCGACCUGCAUGAAUGGCAGAACCCAACUAUCUCCAGUAGCUGGCAGUCAUCUCGUGGUGGCGGUGACAGUGACGCUAUGCCGUACGAGUCGGAAGUGCAGAGUUUCCGUGAGUUCCUGCUGCGGGCCAACAAGUACGGCUCCAUAGCGCUGAAGGGCCUGGCAGGAGCGGGCAAUGCGCGGCGAGUUCUGAUGAUCGAGGAACUACCCAACGCUCUGUAUCGGCAGCCCAGUCUUCUUCACAGCAUACUUGGAGACUAUGCCAAGCUUGGCUGCAGUCCGCUGGUGUUUGUGGCAUCGGAUAGUCCUCGCUCAGACAUAUCCACGGCUCAAUUGUUUCCAGAGAGGAUACUUGGCCAGAUUGGCAUCAAUAGUAUCCACUUCAAUCCUGUCGCCCAGACCAGCCUGGUCAAGUGUCUGACGCGCAUAGCAUCCGCGGAGAGCUCCAAGGCGUCGCUGGACAAGGCAUCGAUUGAAGGUCUCGCGGCGUCAUCAUGCGGUGACGUUCGCAGCGCAGUCAACUCGCUGCAGUUUGCAUGCAGGCGAGACACGCGGGAUUUACGUGGCCAGCUUCAUGCAGCCAAAGCCAAUGCUUUAUCCCAUUCAUCGUCGAGUCGCGGCUCGAAAUCCGCGUCAGCAUCCUUAUCAAGUCGUCCCAGUGCCACACGCGGCCAGGCAACAUCAGCAGUGUCCACAGCUGAUGGUGUAUCUGUCGGCGGUCGUGAUAUGGCGCUGUUCUUGUUCAGAGCGCUGGGCAAAGUACUCUACUGCAAGCGUGAUACCGGUGGCAAGGAUGAUUCAUCUCAACUACCAUCACAUCUCCAUUCCCAGGCCAGACAGCCUGCGCUGGCGCAGGCUGAGGAUAUCCUGGAUCACUCGCACUUGUCUUCGGAGAUGUUCUCAAUGUACUUGCAUCAAAAUUAUCUGUCAUUCCACACGGAUAUCGACAACGUAGCAGCUGCAAGCGACUAUCUCAGCUGCUCGGCACUCUAUGGAAGUGACUGGAAUACUCGGUCUCUGUCAUCCCAGAUGACCGGCAGCAUAGCGUGUCGCAGUAUCAUGUUUGCCAACGACGGUGUGUCGUGCACAGCGCCAGGCUGGAAGCCGCUCCACAAGCCGCAGUGGCUGAGCGUUGCCAAAGAGCGGCAGCAACGCGUUUCUAGCGGGCAAGUCUUCCUGCUUCACGACCGGGCUGACAAAUUAGGAGCAGUGCACAGUCAUGAGGCGGUCUACACUGAGCUCCUCCCAGCCAUGGGGUUACUCAACUCUAGAUUCCUCUCACCUGAUCAUAUCGCUUUCAUUCAUGCCACUGUGCACUACCCUCGAGAGACGAGACAUCGCUCCAGAAGUGGCCUACAGACCCUAGGUGAACUGGAUGUGGAUGAGGAUGGUGAUGGCGAGCUGCCUUCAUCACAAGUACUUCACACAUCCUUCACUACACUCACCACCGCAUCCACAACUACGAAUACACUGGCAGCCAGCAGUGCAGCGACCGUCGCAAACGCUUCGCUGAAGGCCGAACCACCUCCAUCGCAAUCAACGGGAGGAUCGAACGCAGCAGUUGGUACUGAAGUGCUAGAUGCGUUGGGCGAUGACCUUCUGACCAACGAGGACAUUGAUGCUUUCCUCGACUUUGAUGAUGACUGCGAUGACUGUGAUGCUGACCUGGUGGCUGAUGAUAGUGUAGAUAACAAUGGCCAGGACAAACCUGACCUUGUCGAGGACUUCAGUGACGAUGACAACUGGUAAGAAAUCUAGCAGGACAACACCAUGCUAUCAUUUAUCUACCUCCUCUCUCUCUUGCUAGUGACACCGCUUUGGAUAUGCAGGCCCAUAUCUGUCCACUGCAGAGCUCCAGCGCUUUGUUAUUCACAUUGUAGUUGCACUGGCUCAUUGGUGAACUCAGCAUACUGUACUCUGGUGUGAAUUGACUCACAUUGCCAGUCAGCAUCACCAUCAGCAUUACUCUAUUGCACUAUUCCAUAUUCCACGCUCAUGACACUCAUGACAUCAUAAGACAAGAAGAACUUCCAUAUUGAUCAUUGUACAGAGAUACUAUCCAAUCUACCGACUUGAAUAACAAUCAUGAAGUACAUGUAACUUACAAGCCUCCUACUAUCUCUUUAGAGUUUGGAAAUCCGCGCAUAGUGCCUUGUGCAUGGACCCUCUUUGUUUUGUUCAGAACUUCCGAAGAGAUAUCUGCAGAUACACGGAUCUCUUUUUUUUAUCCAGAGGUUUUUACAUGCUAGUUUAUUGAAACAUUUUGAUCUUUUUCUCCGCUUUUAGGUUUUCGGGAGGGGGCAGACUCGGGGUCCACACAAUACUAGGGUUCGUUUCAAAAACCUCAAAAACCUAGGAUUUUCCUCCAAA